CUUUACAAAAAUGUGACUAUUCUGACACAAUUUCGGGAUAUGUUAAAGAAAAAUGACCGAAAAUGCUUGGUUCGUCCUCGGAAGAGCUGCUAAAGUUUCUGGAGAACCUUUACAGUGCACGAACUUACGCCGACAUGUUGCCGACCGAGCCUAUUUCACCUCAUGCUGUUUCAACCGAGUCGUCGCCAACAUAUAGUGUUGUUGAAUAUGUGGGUGAAAACUACAGUUUUCCAAGUUGGAGAAAACCCUUAUUCCAACAACUGCCAUAUGGAAUACAAGUGUGUGUAUUCAAACCCUGUCACCACUGACACGAAGAGAAGCAAAAUAAGUUAAAUACAUAGCAUUUUUACUAGUAAU